AUGACUCGGAUUUUGGUUCAGCGAGGUUCUGUGUCAUCGUCGAACCCGAAUAGACCAUCAUCUUCCGUGCCAAGUUCUUCUUCUUCUUCUUCUUCUUCAGCUCCACCCCAGCCUCAGGUUACUAUUACCUCUCCUCAGGUUGUUUCCACUGUGAAAAAUGAGGAAUUGGCAGAGGAAGUGGUGGAACAGGUUGUCAUGGAUGAGCUUUGUGACAGUGGAGGAGUGAAAAAUGAUGACCUUUUCCAGGAAAGCUUGGACUGUGCUCCGAAUGAUAACGAUGCAAAAAUUGUUAACAGUGAGACAGUUGGGAUUGGGAUUGAUGAUGUUGUGGGUUCGGGGGAUUUGGUUAGAGGGCUAAGUGGGUUGAGGGUCACAGAGGAGGGCAAUGAUCGAUCGGGUGGAAGCUCUUUGCAGGCGGUGAUAGGGAGUUCGUGUCCACCUCCUCCUCCGGUCCCACCUCCAAAACCUUCUUCCACGAACUCUAAUUUGAGGAGAUUUGGAUCAGAUGGUUCAAAUCCUGUGCGGAUAGGAUCAUCUAGAAGAGCCGCUGCGUGGCCUGUUGUUAUAACUAGGACUUCACCGACUGGGUCGAGGCCUUCUUCCCCCAGGUCUCAUUGUGAAAAUGAAGGUUACAAUAGUGCUGAUGAGCAAAACCCUUGCUUUGGAUCCUCCUAUGGUGAUGCUGAGAGAGAACGCGAGUUUGAGAUUGAUAUAAGGCGGAUCAAAGGGUUAGAGGUCAAAAGAAUGCUGGAGGAUGGGAACUGCCUCUUUCGUGCUGUUGCUGAUCAAGUGUAUGGCGACUCUGAAGUGUAUGAUUUGGUUAGGCAGAUGUGCAUAGAUUACAUGGUAUGA